AUAGACUUUAAGACUUAAAAAGUGACUUAAACUACCAAAGUCAUUUUCUGGUAAAGGUACUUUUAAGUAUCCCUUUUAGGUACAUUAUACAAGACUACCCUGUUUAUAUACAGUACUUGUAUGUGUGCAUACAAGAGAUGAAAGUGUGAGCCCAUAGGUCGGGCAUCUGAUACCCUGUCAGAGAUUCUGUUGAACAGGGUGGUGCAGUUGCAGGAACAGGUGGCUCGAUAAACAGUUGCCCUCACAAUUUGCGCCACCAAUCCCUAAUCUGCAAGUGCACAGAGGAAGUGGGGGUGGGGGGCUUUUAUCCAGGCUCACGUGCCAAGAUAAAACUCCCCACCUCCUUUGUCUCCAAACUUCCCCUCGCCACUCUUCCCUCACAGACGGUGUGGUGGUUCAGUAGUUUGUGGUGAUAUCUGGGCUUGAGGCAGAUGGAAAUAUGACCUCGCGACCAACGAAGCAACGCGGGCACCGUGUGCCGCAAGUUUGGAAGAGACGGUCGGCAAGCAGGAGCUGUUGUCGGGGCUCGUUGACAUGCAUUCCCCCUGAGCUCGGCGACGCCCCCCUCAGUGGUGCGGUGACAGGAUGCCAGUGCAGGCGGCCCAGUGGACCGAGUUCCUGUCCUGUCCCAUCUGCUACAAUGAGUUUGACAGCAGCGGCAACCAGCCCAUCAGCCUGGGCUGCUCGCACACGGUGUGUAAGACCUGCCUCCACAAACUGCACCGCAAAGCCUGCCCCUUUGAUCAGACGCCCAUCAGCACAGAUAUCGACCUGCUGCCGGUCAACUGCGCCCUCCUACAGCUGGUUGGAGCUCAGGUUCCAGAUGUGCAGCCUGUGAGCCUGACUUGUGCCGCAGAGGUGGAGCACUAUGAGGUGUGCAGGCUGUGUGUAGAAGAGCUGGCUCUCUACCUAAAACCUAUCAGUGGAGCAAAAGGUGUGGCGGCUCUGAGUCCCAGUGUACUUAGUCGGCCUAUGCAAAGGAAGCUGGUGACUUUGGUGAACUGCCAGCUGGUGGAGGAGGAGGGCCGUGUGCGGGCGGUGAGGGCAGGCCGCUCGCUGGGGGAGCGAACUGUGACCGAGCUCAUUCUGCAGCAUCAGAACCCACAGCAGCUCUCUGCCAACCUGUGGGCAGCAGUGAGGGCACGGGGGUGUCAGUUCCUGGGACCUGCUAUGCAAGAAGAUGCGCUGAAGCUGGUUCUACUCGCUCUGGAGGACGGGUCAGCUCUCUCCAGGAAGGUGUUGGUUCUGUUCGUAGUCCAGAAGCUGGAAGCCCGGUUCCCACAGGCCUCCAAAACCAGCAUAGGCCAUGUGGUGCAGCUCCUCUACAGGGCCUCCUGCUUCAAGGUGACUAAGCGCGACGAGGACUCUUCACUGAUGCAGCUGAAGGAAGAGUUCCGUACGUACGAGGCUCUCAGGAGGGAACACGACGCCCAGAUCGUCCACAUCGCCAUGGAGGCGGGCCUGCGGAUCUCGCCGGAGCAGUGGUCGUCGCUGCUGUAUGGCGACCUGGUGCAUAAGUCACACAUGCAGUCCAUCAUUGACAAGUUGCAGUCUCCAGAGUCUUUCGCGAAGAGCGUUCAGGAACUGACAAUCGUUCUGCAGAGGACGGGAGACCCGGCCAACCUCACCAGCCUCAGACCGCACUUAGAGCUGCUCGCCAACAUUGACCACAAUCCAGAUGCCCCAGCACCAUCAUGGGAGGAGCUGGAAAGUGUGAUGCUGGCUGUGAAGCUGGUGGUGCACGGACUGGUGGAAUUCAUACAGAACUUCAGCAAGAAGAGCCACGACACUCCACAGCCUCAGGCCAACAGCAAGUAUAAGACAAGCAUGUGCCGAGACCUUCGUCAACAGGGCGGCUGUCCCCGAGGAACCAACUGCACUUUCGCACACACACAGGAUGAGCUGGAGAAAUUUAGACUGAGGAACAAGAAGAGCAGCAGCGUGGGCCGAGCAUUUCCGUUGGCACCCGGGGUGAUGGGUAAAACGUUCACCAUGGAGGGCAGCAUUCACACAGAUGUGACGGUGGGAAUGGGGUCGGGGCUCAAAGGCACAGCGGAGAAUACAACCGCCCUGGCAGAGGGAGUUCCUGGCCUGACUCACCCCCAGCUCAUCUCCAGAGGGGCAGACAUGAUGGAGGAAAUGAAGAGAGCUGUGCCAAAUGGAUCCAGCGGGGCCAACGGGUCUAACGGGACAUCUGGCACCAACCGAACCACAGCGGCGUCCACAGAACAGAAGCCCAUCUCUCCUCCCAGGACUCCCAUCAGCCACUCCUCAGCAUCAUCUCCCCUGACCACAGUUGGACAGGGUGAUGGUGGUGCUCCUAUGCCCAAACAUGGUCAGUUCAUGCUGCGCGCACCGCAUCAUUCGCAGGCAUCGGAGCUGUUCUAUCAGCACUCUGACUAUGACACGGCCCAUUAUCCGCCAACCUCAGGUUCUUAUUAUCCAUCCACUCUCCACCCUCCUCACAAACCCUGCAUGGCUCGCUUCCUCAGAUCAUCCAACGUCCCAGAAUCCUCUCUGCCACCUUCCAUGGGCCCGCCACCGACUUCCUAUGCCAGUGAUCCUCAAACACCACACCCGCCCUCGUCCUCUUCCUCCUCAGUGUACCCACCACACCCGCCUCGAGAUCGAAUGGGUCCCAGCUUCCAUCCGCACCCGGGACAGCCUCAGUACGGACCUCUGGCACCAGCUCACGGGGUCUAUGCUCCUCUGUAUGACAGCAGAAGAGUAUGGAGGCCUCAGCUGUACCACAGAGAGGAUGCCAGGAGUAACUCACUGCCUCCAGAGGUGCUGCAUUCCUACCAGCCUCCACUCAGGGAGAGAUUCAACUCUCUAGACAGCAACUACUGCUCUGCGGCGGAGCACCGUGCAGCGCUGCACAGGGAUUACGGUCGUGUUCCUCUAGGCUACGAGGAUCUGUUCAGGAGGAAGCAGGAACAGUGGGCGCACCAUCAUCAUCAUCACCAUCACAACACCACCAGACCCUCACAGUCCUCCCCCAUCUUCACAAUCGAUUUUGGAUCCGAGCAUCUGGAGAGCAGCGGAGGUCAGUGUGUCGGCUGCAGGUUCAGAGGCGAGGAAAGCUUAGCGCACUACUCCCCGUGGUCCUGUGGAAGCAUCGGCCCCUGCCUCAGUCCCUUUGAGCCCGAAACACUCACGCACACUUCCGCUCACUCCUGCGCCGAGCACUCGGAGUUGGACAGUAACGGCGGCAGAGGAGGAGGAGGCGGCGGCGGCGGCGUUGGCAGUAAUAGUAUUGGGAAGCGGUGGCUGCAUUCGCUCGACCACUACCGCCGCAUGAAAGACGAGGAUCCGAUCAUUCCCUUCAGUGAGGGGCCCAUUAUCUCCAAGUGGGGCGCUAUAUCCAGGGCGUCACGCACGGGCUACCACACCACUGACCCGGUCCAAGCCACUGCCUGCCAGAGAAGUGCCAGCACCACACCCAUCAACUUUAAAGAUUACAACCCACACUUGGAUCACAGUGACUUCAGGUGGAGCUCCAGAGGAUCCGACUCCUCCAGUCACUCCAGUUUCCUAGAGAGUGAGCAGCUUUGUGCAUCAGAGCUUCACGGCCGUCGCACUUCCAUAGGCUGCGGAGAGAAAGCUGUCUCUGAUCUGAAAGCCCAUCAGACCACCUACAUCCAGGAUCAGGAUCUGGUCGAGAGCCAAUCAGACCCAGACCGAGACAUUGAGCUCGAGCUGUGCGCUCUGGACAUGGAGGAUUCAGACCACCAGGAGAUCAAAUCUCAGGAGCUUUUAGACCUGGUUACUCCACAGUCUCAGGAUUCUUCCCGCCUCCUUCCACCUCCCUGCUCCUCCCCCCUCCUCUCAUCCCCGGUAGAGGAGCAUCCUCAAACAGAGGGCCCUUUGACAGAGAAGAUGGAUGCUCAUCUGCUGAAAAAGAUGGCUUUCAGAAAGUCCCUGUCCCCUGGAGGCUUGGUCUCAGGGGGUCUGGGCGUCGGUAAGCUGGUGCUGCGGACUGGACCGCCUCAACUGGGGGACACUUCCACCCGGGCUUGUCCAGAGACCCACGGAACAGAGAUGCUGCUCAACGGAAGCUAAUGUGGACACCGAGUCAGACAAUGACCCGUGUCGUGCUGAGGCGGAGCUUCUAGCCCACAACUUGAUCCUUUUUUUAAAGGGAAUAUGAUUUUAAUUCCAGCCUUCAUAUAUGUCAAUCAUAUGCCUAAGUAAAACUUGACUAGAUAAUGGCUGAACAGUCAGACCACAAGUGGCAAGAGAAAACAUACACACACACACUCCUUGCUGCCGAGUGGUGAUUUUCUCUUUAAAAUUCCACAGAGAAUUGACUAAUAUCACUGUAAAUGCCUCGUAAAUACAUACAUUAAUCCACCUGUAUUAUCGAUGAUGAACUUGUCCAUAUUUGUAGUUUACAAACCAUGGCCAUGUUUAUCAUCUCCACCGCAUUAUUAGUGUCGUCCUCCUGACUCCAUGCAGCUGAUGGCAUUAGACUAAGUAAAGGUAUCUUCAACCGUGUUAUUUUUGUAAGUUUACUGUAGGAUCCGCUGAUAAUGAAUCAUUUAUAACGCAUUUAUAAUCAAGCCCCUCCUAGCUGUCCCCAAUAACGAAAAAAAAAACAACAACUUUAUACAAACUUUGUAUUUAUUACAGCUGAACAGCUACAAUAUUUUCAAAUUGAAAUAGCAAAUUUUAACAAUGCAAUCCGUAAAUACUCGCGCAAAGGCAGUCAUUUAGGUAUAUGUAUGUUAUUCAGCAUACAGUUUCAGUGCUGAUAAUUCAUAAUUCAUCCUUGCAUUAACAAUAGAGCAGUUAGUACUAUAUCAGUAUCUCCUAUUAACUAUGUAACAAAGUGAAUAUUUAACUGUGGCUUGACUUGUCAAAAUAAUAGCACUUAUUUAUUUUUCCCCCCAAAAUUAUAAAGCCCUCUUUUUUUAUAUAUAAUAUAAAACAAUUGCUCUCUUCUGUAUUUCUGUCUCUUUAAAUGUCACAGAUUGGUCAGUUUAUUGGCUGUUUUGUGUCACUGCUGAACACAUUUUUUGUAAGCGUUUCGUCAAAGAAUAGCGAUUGUCACACUCAGAUUAUAACACUGAUAACACAAUUUCAAAGGCCGCUCAAUCCCCCCAAUAAAAAUAGAAGAAAACCUGAGAGACAACAAAGGUUUUCACUGUGCUGACAACAUAGCCGCAGUCUUUUAUAAGUCAUAUGAUCUUUUAAACGUUGACCUCUGAAUUCCCUUGACUGUCACAAGACCGCAGAGAACAGUGACACAGUCAUGGACUGGAUUUGUUAACGAUCUUUCAUCACUCAAGGUCAGAACGGAUGAGCGUUGUUGGUUUUUUUAUAAUCCAUAAUAUGAUUACCCUCGAUAUACUCUUUUAAUUGACUCAUCCUGCCAAAACCUUUGGGAUGCAGCUGUGAAUAGACUUAUCGAUUACUGGAUUAGUCACCGGCGAUGUGUCAGUACGAGGAUUCCUCUCGUUUCUUUGCUCCACGUGACAAAAAAAACAACAGUUUAAACUCAAUUUUUUCAAGUCCGUGAACAAAUAGAUAAACAUAAUCAACAUUUUUUUUUAACAUUUUCUGACAUCUUGUGGACCAAACGUCUAAUUGAUUAGUCGAGGAUAUAGAAUCAGUUUUUAUUUAUUAUGAAUUAUUGUUAGUUGCAAUGCAAGUGGAGCAAAUUUGUUAUUCACACAUGCAAAACAGUGGCCUUUCUCUCCUUAUUGUUGUAUUCAACUCAACAUGCAGUGACAUAAUAUGUCCACUGACGGACACACCUGUCUUAUUUCAAAGGUGUCGCCUGAAACACAACAAUGAUCUCAGAAACUGAACACAUACACAUUCAAAGUAUGACACAUUUUCUGCACAAUUUUAAAAGCCUACAAACCACUUCCUGUGUGUGUUCGUGCUAUAUUUUAUUUUUAAACGUUUUGUCUUGUUUUAUGCAUUGUGCUAACUUCUGUGAAGUUGUCUGUCGGGCGGUUUUUUUUUUCAUCAGGACAUUUUGUUACUGUUUCAGUUCACAGCAGAGAGAGAGAGAGAGAGAGAGAGAGAAAGAGAGAGAGAGAGAACAUUUCUGAUGACCUUGUCUAAUGUUUUUCUACGUUUGCUGUGGUCAGUGCACUGUAAGCCACCAAAGUCUAACUCACUGUAAUUCUAUGUGCAGUAUCGUGUAUGUGAUUUCCAUACAGACCAGCCUUGCCUCACUCACUUUUAUAGACAUGAGGGGCAUCUCGUUGUGUGCGGAUUAAUCGUAAUGCCUUUCGCAUGACAUAUCAAGCCACCUAUACAUUUCGAGUCACGGAGGCUUCACUAAGUUUGUUUACACUUCGUUUACACCUGUUCUAACUCUUAUGAGAUGUUGCGUGAGAAUGACUUUACUGUUCCCGUCUCUUAAUCAGAUACUAUGUCCGUCCCCUCUAGUUAUAACUUAAAUUCCAUUUUUAAAGGAUGGCUGGGCGUUUUUUUUUUGAGUUACCAAAACGAACCCUCUUUUGGGGUUUUCUGUCUUAUCUUCCAAAGUGAAAAAAAAACCGGGGCUGAACAAUUCAAUGUGGCUUGGAUGUUGACGUCCCACGUUAAAAAGGCGAAAUGGAAGGAGUUCAUGAAGUUUGCCUCAGCUUCCCGCUCUCACCCACCCUCCCUACGUUUGUUUACAACUUCACCCUUUGAGGUCGUGUAAAGUGCCAUGUUAUGUACAGUACAGUACAAUCAAUCCCUGAGGUUUUCCUAAAAAGAUUUUCAUAUUCCUCAGCUGAACACUCUGAGGCAGAGAGAGAGAGGAAGAGGCUCUGUAGAAGUUGAGGAGGAAGAUGCCUCUCUUCUCUUGUAGUUCUGCUUUCUUCCAUCGGAGGAGGCUAGAUCCUUUGUCUGUCUGAAAAGCUCAGGGAAGACUUAAGUUGCUCAGAUCGUGCUUUGGCUUUUUUCUAUAUUAUUCAGUGGCGGUGUGUGCUUAAAAGUGUCACCACUGAUUAUCACCUCUUUUUUUGUCUUUGCCUGUGUUUUCUUUUUGCCUCUCGGUAUCAAUAUUGGCUUUAAUAUUCCUGCUCUCAUAGAUAGGAAAGGGCUGGGCACUACUGUGUGUGAAACAAACAGUAUUGUGAGUAUUGAAAUGACUCCCUGUUUCCUUCAAGGUUCUAUUGAGCACUGUCGUAGUGGCUAAUUACACUGUACGGAUUUCCACCCCAUCACUGCCAGCAGGUGCACUCGGCCACUGAGUGUCAGCCCACACCCCCACACCCCACUUUCCUUCCUUUACCCCCCCAUCACUCUGUCCUGCCUCCCUGCAUCCUGCGUCAUAUGCAUGCGAUCUAGUCCCUCUUGUUAUGGCGGAGGAGUACUGAUGAUUCUGUAGUUGUGAUACAACACACCCAGCGCUGUAAGAGUUCUGCACAUGCCCACUGUGUGGCCACGUCAAGUGCUGAAGUUUGCUUGCAGCCUUUUACUCGUUUGCUUAUGAAUUUAUUGUUUAAUAGAGAUUAUAUUGUUGGUACUGUUAACGUUAUUACCACAUUUGGUCAUCGUCGUUGGUAUUCCCCCCCUUCUGAUAAUAUAUAUAUAUAUAUACAUAUAUUAUAAGUCUGGUUUUUUUUUUUGAAUAUUGACAGUUUGCUAAAAUAAAAAAAUGAAAAAAAGGGGGGUUGGAAUUUUUUUAUUAGAGAAGAAAGUGUCUCAUCAUUCUAUAUUAUAUGGGGAAUAAACGCCUGUGUGUUGAUAGUGAAACAUGAUGAACUGAUGUUUUCUGACUAUUCAUGUCUGUAUUAGACAUUUUAUUUGCAAAUCUAUUGUUCGAUUGAAAUGUAAAUGAACUACUAAGAGAUGGUACACAUCCGUCAUUGUAUACAGUCUGGCACCAUCAUUAGAUGGACUUAUAGUAUAGCCGCUCAUUUAUACAACCUGUGAAAUGUUUAAAAAUCAUUGGGGCAGUUGUUUAAUGUUUCGGAAUGAGGAAAAUAAAAUCCUUAAAGAGACAGCAUAUCGUAAAUGUCCCCAUAAUGAAUAAAUAAUACUGUUACGUAUUCCAUUUAUUUCCUUGGAAAUAUCACAUUGUGAAAGGUUUCCCUUUUACUUAACUGUACGGUAAUGCAGGUUUGGAGUAGGUCUACCUGACCUAUGCUGUUGAUGAUUCGUGUGCUUUUAACGACAGAGUUUUUGUUUUUUGACUGACUGAUUCUUCUGUGCAUUUCUGGCUUGUUCACUUUGUAUUUCCCUGACUUACAGACAGCUUGGCUGAGCGGCAUAACACUUCUCUGUUGCACCGAGAGAUGGAAUAAUGAAAACAAAAAGAAAGGAAGAAUUUGGCACAUGAAAUUGCAUGCUACAAUAAACCGAGAACAAAUAA